GAUCGAAACAACAACCAAAUCGCAGGAGUCGCCAAACCCUAAUCGAAGCCAGCCAUGACCUCGCUGCCGUACACAGCCGCUCAGUCAGACCAAUCCGCAUGGAACCCUAUCCCACACGAGAGGCCGAAACCCGGAACGGCCCAGGACCCAGCCAAGAAGCCGAAGCUGAAUAUCCUCGACAAAUUCGACCGCAUACCAGACGCUGUAAUAGCCAGCAUACCAGAUGAUGUAUUAGCCAGCGUGCAUCUAACUCGCGAGGAUCUAAAGCUCUCUCUAAAAGACCGGACUAACAAGAUGGUGAAGGGUUUUAAGCAAGAAUCAGCUGAACGGAAACGGGAUCUUCCUGAUGCAUACGAAUUCGAUGAACCAGAAUACGGUCCUGAUGAUCCUUUACCAAAGGGAUAUGCUUGGAGUUCUUUCUGUGGUGAUCCUAGAUACAAAGAUUUUAUUGUUAAGAUGAAUUGCUAUGUUUGUGGUGUGGCUCUGGAUCACUGGCCUGAUGACUGCCCAAAAAAAAGUAAGGGAAAGGGUACUGAUGAGUGAUGAGUUCAAGAGGAAUUUCAUUGUCGUAUAAUAUCUAUCCACCCUACUUAUCCCUCCAUGAUGUUAUUUAUCUUAUGAUCUACCAAGUCUGGAUAUUCAGAACUUGGUUACAGUAUUGUGCUUGUGAACUAGGCUUGAAACUUAGUUACAGUAUUUUGCCUUCAGUGUGGUGGAGAGAACACAUGACUGACGAAUGCCCAAACGAGGGUACUCCAGAGGCCCUAGAGUUCCAGAAGAACAAUUAUCUUAUUUAGUCAUGACACGUACAGGCGAGUCUCGUACAGUACGAGUCUUGUUUCAACUAUCCAACUAUCUACCAUACUAACUUAUUAUUAUGGCACAAAUCUAAUGUAAUAUGCAUUGUGACAUGCAUUGUAUUACCUUGUUUGAUUGUUUAUCAUAUUUUUUUAGUCUCUC